AUGUUCAUCAGUAAACAUCUCAGGGAACAUCAAAAAGAUGGCGUGCGCUUCAUAUUUUCUCAUCUACAGAACGAAAAGGGUGUCAUCUUGGCUGACGAAAUGGGUCUAGGAAAGAGCAUCCAAACAAUUGUAGCAACUUUGGCACUAAUGAGACAGCCGAAGAGUUCUGCUAGUUAUGUCCCCAAAAAAUGUUUGUUGGUUGUUCCCUCAUCACUAGUUAACAAUUGGAAAAGCGAAUUUCGAAAAUGGUUCUACAUAGGAAGAAGUCCGAUAAUCACGGUAGCAAAGCCAUCUGACGUGACCACGUAUUCAUGCUCCUACCAAACGUAUCCCUAUUUGGUGAUUAGCUAUGAGAUGGCUUUAAGGUACAUUGAAAAACUGGCUUCAGUACACUUUGAUAUGCUGGUCUGCGAUGAAGGACAUCGACUCAAAAAUAUCAAUUCAAAGCUACGACAGGCGGUUGGUUUCUUUUAACA